AUGGGGAAAAGAAAGGGCAAUAAGAACGGUGCUCAGGCCGGAAAGCGCGAGAACAGAGGUUAUUGGAAGGAGAUAGAGCGUAAAAAUGAUCAAUGGGAGAGAUAUUAUAGGGCACAGAGUCUGAUCCCAGAGGAAGAGUUUGACCUCUUCAAAACGACCUGUCAGCAAGAUCUACCGCUCACCUUCAGAAUUACUGGUUUUAAGAAACAUGCAAGCGAAAUUUCCGAGCUUUUCACCACUAAACAUAUGCCAAAUCUGACCAAUGCAAAUGAUGAGAACUCCAAGCCCCCAUUUCCGUUUCCUUGGUACCCUGGAAAGUUGGGUUUCCAAAUAGAUUUGCCUAAAUCUGUCGUGAAAAAAAACCCACUGUACGCAUCAACUCAGAAAUUCCUUGUUGUCGAAACAGAGGUAGGUAACAUCUCCAGACAGGAGGCCGUCUCGAUGAUUCCUCCUUUAUUUUUGGAGGUGCAACCGCACCAUUAUGUGUUGGACAUGUGUGCAGCUCCUGGCUCCAAGACGGCUCAACUAAUUGAAGCUUUGCAUAGCGAGGGAGCGCACGCGCCUGGCUUCAUUGUUGCAAACGAUUCGGACUACAAACGGUCUCAUAUGCUUGUUCAUCAAGUGAAACGACUCAACUCCCCAAAUCUGGUGGUUGUCAACCAUGAUGCCCAGUUGUUCCCCAAAAUGAAGCUGACCCCAGAAGGCGAUUAUGUUAAAUUUGACAGAAUACUGUGUGAUGUCCCUUGUACUGGAGAUGGUACCAUGAGAAAGAACUUGACUGUCUGGAAAGAUUGGAGAAUAGGAAACGCUCUGGGAUUGCACUCACUGCAACUGAAUAUUCUGAUGAGAGGAUUACAGCUUCUCAAAAAAGGGGGUAGACUUGUUUACUCUACCUGCUCCUUGAGUCCUAUCGAAAACGAAGCCGUUGUUUCUGCUGCUUUGCGUAAAUGGGGCGGAAAAGUGAAGAUUGUUAAUUGUGAUAACAUGUUGACAGGACUCAAAAGACGUCCCGGAGUGUCAGAUUGGAAAGUUUUUGGUAAGGACUGGGAAGAGAAAAGUAAAGAAGACAACAAUGAAAGUCUUCCCAACAGCGUCUUCCCUCCAUCUGCAGAGGAGGUUAACACUUUCAAUUUGCAGGACUGUAUGAGAGUGUAUCCGCAUGAUCAAAACACAGGAGGUUUCUUUAUUACUGUUUUAGAGAAAGUUAACCCAGAUGAGGAUAAGAAAGACGAGGACGAAGAACCUGCUGCGAAGAAACCCAAAUUAGAGAGCAGCAACGAGGGCGAGAAAAAAAUUGAGCCUGUGAAGAAAGAAAGAUUACCAAGGGACGCCAACGAAGAGCCAUUUGUGUUUUUGGACAAAGACAAUGUAGAGCUCAAGAAAUGCUGGGACUUUUACGAGGUGAAGGAUACUUUUCCAAAGGACAGCAUGCUGGUCAGAAACGGCACAGGUGAGCCACUGAGGUCGAUUUAUUUUGCCUCUCCAAUAGUGAAAAACAUCAUUCAAACGAACGAAGCCAAACUCAAGUUGAUUUACGCAGGAGUCAAAGUUUUUGUUUCGCAAAGAGCAGAGUACUCACAACAAUCAUGUCCUUGGAGAGUCCAAUACGAGGCUAUGCCUAUUUUGAAGGACCAUUUGGGAAGCAGUAGAACGUUUGAGAUCAAUCUAGACCUUCUGAAGAUUCUUUUGAGCGAAACAUUCCCUAAUGUGAAUAAGAUUAGAGAGGACAAAGUGGAUCCAGAAUUCAUUGAAAAGAUCACCGACUUUCCUGAAGGAUGCUUUUUCGUGAGAGUGAAAAGAGGUGAAGAUAAAGAGGAUAUGUAUUUGCCUCUCUGGAAAGGACGCUCCAAUUUCAAUUUGAUGGUCAACAAGCAUGAGACUCAUGAGCUAUUGUAUAGAUUAUUUGGCGUUGAGAAUUAA